GCGGCGACAUCUUGGCGCUGGAGGAGAGGCGGAUCUUGUUGGCAGUGAUGAGCGAGGAGAGGAAGGUUACCUAGGAAGCGCGCGCGGGAAAAUCACUUGUGGCAGAAAUUGGAACGUUGACCUGGGCAAGCUUGACCAGCAUGAAGUUCGUCACCUGUGAGAUUGCCUGGCACAACAAGGAACCUGUAUACAGUGUCGACUUUCAGCAUGGAGCAGAUGGAAGGAUUGACAGACUGGCCUCCGCAGGAGUAGACAGCGCGGUUCGGAUAUGGAAGGCGGACAAAGGCCAGGAUGGGAAAGCAGUUGUAGAUAUUUUAUCAAACUUAAUACGUCACACAAAGGCGGUGAAUGUUGUACGUUUCUCCCCGAAUGGUGAGAUUCUUGCAUCAGGAGGAGAUGAUGCUCUAAUAUUGCUAUGGAAACUGAAUGACAACAAAGACAUCAAAGAAUUGGAACAAAACCUUUUUGAAGAGGACACUCAUUUAAAUAAGGAGAAUUGGACAGUACUCAAAACGUUACGAGGACACAUAGAGGAUGUAUAUGAUAUCUGCUGGACAACCGAUGGGAAUCACAUGGUGUCUGGUUCAGUUGAUAAUACUGCCAUUAUGUGGGAUGUGAAUAAAGGGGCAAAACUGUCAAUCUUUAAUGAACACAAGAGCUAUGUGCAAGGUGUCACUUGGGAUCCUCUGGGGCAGUACAUUGCUACGCUUAGUUGUGACCGGGUUAUGCGAGUGUACAGCACACAAACCAGGAGGGUAGCCUUUAAUGUCAGCAAGAUGUCAUCUGGUUGUGAAGGGGAGACCAAGAGCUAUCGAAUGUUUCAUGACGAUGGCAUGAAAUCGUUCUUCCGCCGACUCACCUUCACACCAGACGGUUCUUUGCUUCUCACUCCAGCUGGUUGUGUAGAAGCUGGAGAGAAUGUUACCAACACAACAUAUGUAUUUUCCAGAAAAAACUUGAAAAGGCCCAUAGCCCAUCUGCCUUGUCCGUCUAAGGCCACUCUGGCUGUUCGCUGCUGCCCGGUGUUUUUUGAGCUAAGGCAAAAGAAAGUAGAAGAUGAAUCACCUAAGAAAACAAACGUGUUCAAGUUGCCAUAUCGACUGGUGUUUGCUGUAGCUUCAGAAGAUUCCAUACUCUUGUACGAUACACAACAAACAAUCCCAUUUGGUUAUAUCUCAAACAUCCAUUAUCACACCCUGAGUGAUAUAACAUGGUCGAGAGAUGGGACUUUCCUCACUAUAUCAUCCACCGAUGGAUACUGCUCCUUUGUCACGUUCGAGAAAGAUGAGUUAGGUAUACCUCUGAAAGAAAAGCCGGUGCUCUCCAUGCAAGUCCCGAGCAUCUCCGAGAAAAAACUGAAGAAGGGUCAAGCAAACAGGAUGACUGCUGUAACCCCGAAACCACAGACAGAUUGCAGCACUCCCACCAGGAACGUGGACCAACAGGACUCGGCUACCCCUACUCAGCUGAAAACAACCAAUGCAGCGGCAGCCCCUGCCAAAGAGACCCCCGGUAACCCCCUAACAACCAAAGCUGCUCCAGCCUUGUCGGACAUGACACCUCUCCACGGUGCUGCUCACGGCAGCAAAGCCUCUCAGCCCAGGAGGAUCACCUUGAGCACGCUGAAGGCCUGGAGUAAACCUAGCAAUACCCCAGCGCCCAGGCGAAUCUCACUGACUCCUGUGAACCCAAGUUCCUCCCAAGUGAUAUCUACACCACCUGUAACCCAAGCAGAAAAAGUAGCACAUGAGAGGCCUUCGCCGUCAAAUGAUCCUUCAUGCAAGUCACCUGAUGCUAAACGCUCCAGAACUGAUGAUGAGCAGACCGUCAGACCCACAGAUAAUCUGAAAACAGAUGAUGACUGCGAGAGGAGCAACGUGCAAACUUAGAUCAAAUGAACAUGGCUUGGAACUUUUUUAAAAAUAUGUACUUUGUAUAAAAUUCUGCAAUGUGAUCGGUUUUGUUGCAAUGCUUGGAUGUAUAUGCGAGCUGGAAAUUACAUUGUAAGUCAUGUAAAGGACCUCUAAUUUUGUUAUAGGUUUUAAAUAUGUCACAAUGUCCUUUUGAUAUUAGGCUGUUUCUAAAUGUGAAUAGUCCUGUUUUAGUUAAUCACUGUACAAAGUAACCACUGUACAAAGUAUCAAUUAUGUCUUAAAAUUAAAAGCUUUUUCUUUUUUGGGUUGAUA